AUUCACGACCAACUCGUUCGUUCGGACUCAUCUACGAGCGCUGAAGCGAACGUCUUGGCCCAAUAUUGUUUCAUUUCCCCGGCUGAAAUGAACUCGUAUUCGUCAAGGUCGUGAUCAGAUGAUACUUCAUAAGAUAUUCAAAGACGAAAAGUUGAGGCUCCUCGAGAAAGAAUAACAGCGCCAACGGCGCGCAUACUGCCGUCUUUGGAUGUAAUCAGAAAUAUCUAGUGGCGCAUCCAGCAUCACAGCUACUUCUCUCAUGUUCGGAUUCGCUGUCCGAGUCGACGAAGAGAAGCAGACGCAGCUCUCCCUACGGGCUGGCUUACUCUCGCCUGGAUCUGGGUUCAUGAUAUUCAACCUACAAAUAGGACAGCAAGAGAAGGGCGUGAUACCAUAUCGCAACGGACAGAGGUUCUGUCGUUCGCCACAGAGCUGAAACGCGCUGUGGAGUAGGGAAGUGUUUCAAAAAGGCGUAGUCCGGGUGGAGGCAAAGCUGAUCGACGUGAAGGAAUCGAAAUGAGCGCUGCGCCCUUCGCGAACAUAGUGUCCCGGGCGGAGAGGAGAGUGCAGUGCUCGUCUGGUAUUGUCUCGUACUAACGGCGAGUGACUACGACGUCGCCGAGUGGCCCGUACCCUCUGCGCCAG